UAAAAUUCCUCAUUUUCUCCACAGUUUGAACCAAACAGACCUUUACUAGUAUCUUUAAUUCAUUUGUUUGACAGACACUACAAUUGAAUAAGCACUUAAGUUGAAGUUGAACACUACUCAUUCUUCCUUCAUUUCUUAUGGUUGAUGCCUUUAUCAUAUUUAAACGUCGCUAAAUCCAGGACAUUCUGUAGCUACAAGCUCAUUCACAAGCAUGCACCAUUUGCUACCAUUGAAAAUGCCUCAUUAUUUAACCAACCUUCUUCAAUUUUUUCUUCACUAUUACGUGAAUUCUCAAAUACCCUUAUCGAUGUCAAAUCCAUCCACGCACAAAUUAUCAGAAAUUAUGCAUCAAAUCAACAUUUUUUGGCCACAAAACUUAUCAAAAUCUAUUCUAAUUUGGGUUUUCUUAAUUAUGCAUAUAAGGUGUUUGAUCAAUGUCCUCACAGAGAAACCAUACUUUGUAAUGCCAUGAUGGGUGGAUUCCUUAAGAACAUGGAAUAUAAAGAGGUUCCCAAGUUGUUUAAAAUGAUGGGUUUGCGUGAUAUUGAACUAAAUAGUUAUACUUGUGUUUUUGGUCUCAAGGCUUGUACUGUUCUAUUGGAUGAUGAGGUUGGAAUGGAACUUGUUAGGAUGGCUGUUAGAAAGGGAUUUCAUUUGCAUCCGCAUGUUGGUAGUUCGAUGAUUAACUUUUUGGUGAAAUGUGGGAAUCUUAACGAUGCGCGGAUGGUCUUUGAUGGGAUGCCUGAAAGGGAUGUUGUAUGUUGGAAUUCGAUAAUUGGAGGCUAUGUGCAGGAGGGCCUUUUGAAAGAGGUAAUUCAGUUGUUUGUUGAGAUGAUUAGUUGUGGGAUAAGGCCGAGUUCUGUGACUAUGGCUAGCAUACUUAAAGCGUGUGGCGAAAGUGGACACAAGAAACUGGGAACGUGUGUUCAUGUUUUUGUGCUUGCAUUAGGCAUGGGUGAUGAUGUUUUUGUGCUUACUUCAUUGGUUGAUAUGUAUUGUAAUGUUGGUGACACUGAAAGUGCUUUUUUGGUUUUCAAUAGAAUGUGUAGUAGAAGCUUGAUUUCAUGGAAUGCUAUGAUUUCAGGAUGUGUUCAAAAUGGUAUGGUGCCUGAAUCUUUUUCUCUCUUUCAUAAACUGGUCCAAAGUGGUGACGGGUUUGAUUCGGGGACGUUGGUGAGCCUUAUUCGAGGAUGUUCUCAAACAUCUGAUUUGGAAAACGGGAAAGUCCUCCAUGCUUGUAUAAUUAGAAAAGGACUUGAAUCAAAUCUAGUUUUAUCCACUGCAAUUGUUGAUAUGUAUUCUAAAUGUGGUGCCAUAAAGCAGGCAUCUGAUGUUUUCAGAACAAUGGAAAAAAGGAAUGUAAUUACUUGGACUGCUAUGCUGGUGGGUUUAUCACAAAAUGGCUAUGCAGAGGGUGCCUUGAAAUUAUUUUGUCGGAUGCAAGAAGAAAAUGUGGCUGCCAAUUCUGUCACUCUUGUUAGUCUUGUGCAUUGUUGUGCCCACCUAGGAUCUCUCAAGAAAGGAAGGAGUGUACAUGGCCAUUUGAUCCGGCAUGGUUAUGAAUUCAAUGCUGUUAAUAUGUCGGCUUUGAUUGAUAUGUAUGCCAAGUGUGGCAAAAUUCACUCUGCUGAGAAGCUAUUCUAUAAUGGAUUCCACUUAAAAGAUGUUAUACUUUGUAACUCUAUGAUUAUGGGUUACGGAAUGCACGGUCAAGGACAUCAAGCUCUUCGUGUCUAUGAUAGAAUGAUAGACGAAAGGCUCAAGCCAAACCAAACUACAUUUGUUUCUAUGCUAACAGCAUGCAGUCACUCAGGCCUCGUUGAAGAGGGUAGGACUUUGUUCCACUGUAUGGAAAGAGUUCAUAAUAUUAAGCCUAGUGACAAACACUAUGCUUGUUUUGUGGAUCUUCUUAGUCGAGCAGGCUAUCUUGAGGAAGCAUAUGCAUUGGUUAAACAAAUUCCCGUUGAACCAAGCAUUGAUGUGCUCGAGGCUUUGCUCGGCGGUUGCAGAAUCCAUAAAAAUAUUAAUAUGGGGAUACAAAUUGCAGAUAGAUUAAUUUCUUUAGAUUACUUGAACACGGGAAUUUACGUUAUGUUGUCGAAUAUAUAUUCUGAAGCAAGAAGAUGGGAGUCGGUUAAUUACAUAAGGGGCCUCAUGAGGAAAAGGGGCCUGAAGAAAACACCUGCUUUUAGUUUAACUGAAGUAGGUAACCAAGUUUUCACAUUUUUUGCUGGUGAUGAUUCUCAUCCUGGUUGGGAAAAUAUUAAACAAUUGCUAGAAAAUUUGAGGCUUGAGGUGGAGGCUUCUGGUUAUGUUGCUGAUACGAGUUGUGUCCUUCGUGAUGUAAAUGAAACGAUGAAGGUUCAGUUGCUCUGGGGACAUAGUGAGAGAUUAGCUAUAGCAUUUGGACUUCUAAACACGCCAUAUGGAAGCUUGAUUAGAAUCACCAAAAAUCUUCGCAUCUGUGUUGACUGUCAUACUGUCACCAAAUACAUAUCAAAAAUAGUUAAGAGGGAAAUUAUUGUAAGGGAUGCUAACCGCUUUCAUCACUUUGUUAAUGGAGAAUGCUCUUGCAAUGAUUACUGGUAACUAGGAUAUUAUGAGAAGCUUUGGACAAAUGACAAAAGCUACCUUAAAAGGGCAUUAGUUGGUACACCCAUAUCUUUAAUUUGGGUGAAUCAUGACAUGCUCACAGUAAGAGAAAUAUAUUUAUUUCAUCAUUAAGCUUAAGUUAUCCAACCAGUUGUUUUGUUUGUGUACUGUGGUGGUGUCUUCAAAUCACAGCACACUUCAAUAUCAUUGAAUACAACAUUUUAGAGUAAGUAGUUGAGUUAUUUUAACUUUAUCCUUAAUCAUAAGUAUUGCAAUAACCUCAAUGGACGUCGGGCACAACAACUUCUUAAGGCAUUUGAGAUUCAUAUUCCUUCAAUGAUGUUGUCUUUCUGUGAUAACAGACAACCAUACUUGCAACCAAUCUCACACAUCAAAUGAAAGGUCUAAACACAUUAACAUCGAUUGUCACUUCAUUAUACGAUGUAUAACUCCAGGACUAAUCAACCUCAUCUACUUGUCCUCUGCAUAUAAAACACUCCUCUCAAUCUAAGCAUAUGUUUGAUAUCACGGUGGGUGUGUCAAAAUCACGACGAUCCACUGUGAAUUUUCAAAAGUUUCACUCUCUAGCUUAUGCAAAAUCACGGUGGGUUAUCGUGAUUCUAGCACAUCCACCGUGAUAUCAAACAUAAACUAAAUUUCUGGCCCUACUGUCUAAGUUGGGUAUAUCAAACAUUUUUAGGGGGAGAUUUUUUUUUUCUACAAUGAAAUGAAUUAGUUAGAACUCUGUCAACAGUUAGUUAUUCUCUUAUAUUAAGAGUUAGUUAUCAUGGUAGUUAAUCCUGAUUGGUGUAUCAGAUU